AUGAUUCAGUAUAAAAAAAAUUUAGCAAGUCAUUUUACAAUGCAUAAUAAUUACCGGUGGUUCUGUGUAAUUAUUCUGCAUUCACGUCGGUUACCUAAUUCUGAAAUACCACGUGAAAAUGAAAGUGACUUAUCUUUGGAUCAAAUUCCAGCACUAACUAACACCCAACUGCAAGCCAUCCUAGAAGCCAGUACAGCAGCAUCUUCAGCCACACUUCUCCCAGGUAUCUGUUUAGUUCGACCCCACCGGCUAGCUGAGGAAGCUGAACGUUUAUUUAUAGGAUUGUCAAGUUGGCCAGUACGUGGAAAGCCUGGCAUAUCUUCUGGAUCGGUCACAUGUCCAGUUCUUGAAUCAGUCAUGGAUUCAUUGGUAAACAUCGCAAAGCAAAGACCUCAAUUUAUGGAUCGUGUUGUUCAAGCAUUCGAAACAGUUCAUGUAACAUUACCACCUCAUUUCUCGGAUAAUCAAGUUAGUUCGGUGCGGAAAAAACUGAAAAAUGGUCUGCUUCAGUUACUCAGACAUCCGGCUGCUUUAUCAGAUUUUCAGGGUCGUAUUACAAUAUUGCUAACUGAUCUUGGAGCUACCCAUGCAGAAGUUCUACAAGCAUUACAAAGUCAUACUGAAUUGUCUCGUGCACGCCUUUACCCAGACCCAAGCACAUUUAUGCCGAAUCAUUCGGAUUCAGAUUUUGUUGAUUAUGGUGAUGUGGAUAUGAGACAACAACAGCCCAGUAUACCUCCCAUCAUACAAUCUCAACCACCUGUUUCAGUCGCCCCAAGCAGUCUUCCUGCAACUGAUGAUAAGCUGCCACUCGUUACUCAUGCACAAACGACUUUGCCAUCAGCAAGCACUCCAGUAGUAUCUUCUGUGUCUACUACACUUACAAGUUCUUUCACACCAGAAGAUGAAUGUCAGAUACCGGUUUCGACAGUGCCAGUAGCUUCAAGUGCUACCCCAACGUCUGGUCAACAAAAUCAGCCCAUAACUUCCAGUGGUUUCACACUAGCUGAGGCGGAAGCAGCCCUCCGAUUUGAUGAUGAUGACGACGAUGAUGAAGAUGACGAAGAUAUUCAAAUACCGCGUUCAUCUAGACGACUGAAAAAGAGAACACGUAUUUCUAGUAGUACAACGGCUAGUAGUGGUACAAAGCAUGCAUCAUCAAAAGUUAAUUCUAGUGAUGGUAAAGGUCAGACAUUUGUUAUACCAGAAAUUGAUUUGAUUACUGCACAAGUAGUCCCUAAGUUGACAACAGCUAAUGUUGCUGAUCUUGUUUUACUCAGUAUGGUUACUUUACCUGAUCAAAUGCCUGCUUCAUUUCAUUCCACGUAUACACCAAUAGCAGCAGCUGGGACAUCAGCACAAAUUCAUCAUUUAGCACGUAUGCUUGCUGCACAAUUAACUGUAUGGGCUGGUGAAGGUGGACAAUAUGAAGUUUUAGAUAGAAUCAAUCAAUUAGAAUUAUUAUUAAUUCCAGUUGAUGAUAAUCAUGAUGUAAGUAAUCAAACAAAUCGUAAACGUACAUUAAAACCGGAAUCACGUACUACCAUAGAACAAAGUGGUGAUAUACAAAAAGAAUCUGGUAAAUCUAAAAAACGACGUAUGCAUUUGAAAGGUGAUCAGACAGUGUCUGAAAAUGAUCCUGAAGCUGAGGAUGCUUUAAUCAGAGCUAAUGCUGCACGUAAACUACAUAGUGCUCAAACAAUGAAUAUAUCAACUCUUGUUGGAUAUAAUACACAACAAUCAGUGACUAAUGAAUCCAUAGAUUUGAAUAUGCCUCCACCUGGUGGUAGUUUAACUGGUCUUAUGCCUAUGUUUCCUGCUUCAAAUGUAACUUCUGUGCAAAAUUCCAUAGUUAUGCCUCCAACAGUACCAAAUAUGAUGGUGCCUAAUUUUAAUCCAUCACAACCACCACCACCUUUAUUGCCUAUGAUGAUGAUGAUGAUGCCAACAAUGGUGCCAACACCAUCACAAGCUCAAACAACAUUAGGCGGUGUAGCUGGGACACCAUCCAGUUUAGCUGUUCCUUUUAAUCAAUUUACAAAUACUUCAAUGCCUAUGCCUUUAAAUACAAUGCCUCAAUCGGAUUUAAUUGCUCCAGCCCCUGUCCGUCCUUUCUCACUAGAUGCUGUCACUACUUUCCUUAGUCGUGAUGUACAAAGACAACUUGCUCGUGAUGCAUUUAUGCGUAUUUUAGAAGGUUUAGGAAUUUCAUUUAUUCGUCGUCAAUCUCUUAUUGAUGGUACAAUUGUUCCUGCACCAGGAACAACAGAUUUACUAUCAGGUCAAUAUGAUUUAAAUAGAAUGAAAUUAUUAACACGUUUAACAACACGUCGAUUUGGUGGUAAUGAAUUUUAUAAUAUACUUAUCGAUCAUGCUAUCCAAAAUCUUCGUUAUGGAUUUGAAUUAUUAUCAAAAUUACUCAUGCAAGAAUAUUGUCGUUAUCGUGGUUUUCAGCUGAUCGGUUUCAGUUCAUUCUUGGAAACACGUCGUCGUCAAUUAUCUGUAAUCCGUGAACAAAUUCGUAAACGAUUUGAAUCAUCGAAUUUCGAAAAUAAUAUUGUUGACAAGUCAGCAGUAGAUUCUAAAAAGAAUGAUGACCUUGCGGAAGAUACUGUUCGCUCGGAAAAAUUAACAAAUACAGAAAAUAGAAAAACUACCAAGUGUACAGAUGAUCUAUCAUCCGUAGAUGAAAUUCCCAGUAUGAACAAGAAUAAUUCAGAGUAUUUAUUAAAAGAUGAUGAGAAAAAAGUAAAACGUGAAAAGAAACACGAUUAUGAUGAAGAGACAGGAGAAGAUGAAGAAGAGGAAGAAGAACCAGAGACGGAACAAGAAGUCGAUGCUAAAGGUAUCGGUAAAUCAAAUGUGAAACAAUUAAGAAAUGCUGGUGAUGUGAAAUCGACCAAAGAAAAAUUAAAUCUAUUAAAAGUAUCAUUAUCACCGCCAGAUGAUUUAGGUUGUUUAUCAUUUUAUGAUUGUUUAUUGAUUGCAAUUCUUCAAAAAUUAUCUAAUCCAGAUUUACGUCAACAUUAUUUUAGUCGAUUCAUAAUUGAAGCACCUCUUUUAACUCCUGGUGCUAUAAAUGAAUUGAAACGAUAUUGUUCAUCACCAGAACAAGCAACUUAUGGAUUUGAGAUAUUACGUACAUUGAUUGAAACACGUCCAGUUAGUCAACGAGAAGAUCUUUUGAAUAUGUUAUUACAUUUUUGUUCUGUGGAUGGAUUAGAAAUUCGUAAAGCUGCAUUAACUGCUACAAGAGAAUUGGCAAGUUCCGAUCCGAGAUGGCAAGAUCAUAUAGAGAUGUUUGCUGUACAAAUGCUUAAAAAGUUAUUACAACCUCGUCCAACUCCAGAUAUAUUUCCAUUUCUUAAUCAAUCAUCAAUACCAUCCACGUGGACAGAUGAAGCGUGUCAAGCUUGUGCACACUUAUUUCUUGGUUUAAUGCCUCAAAGUCCUGGACUUAUGCAUCAGUUGGCUGAAGUUUAUACUCAAGCUUCUCCAAAUAUAAAACGAUGUCUACUUAGAAUGAUUGAUUUACCGAUUCGUGAUAUUGGCAUUUAUUCAAUAGAUCUUCAUAAUUUAGUUAGUGAAUGUCCAACUGGUGCAGAAACUCUUAUCACACGUAUGAUACAUAUACUUACUGAUUGGCCAUCUGCUGCUAGUGCUAGUGCUUCUGCUUCGGCUGCUGUUGCCGCGGCUGCUGCUUCUUCUACUAAUCCAUCUACUGGCAAUACUACUAAUACUACUACUUCUACCACCACAAUUACAAAUACUUCAUUAUUAGGUAUUAAUGCGCAUAGUAGUAGUAGUAGUAGUAAAUCUGUUCAAUUACAUACAACACCGACUAAAACACAAGCGACACUUAUUAAUUCAAGCAAUACAGGACAAUUGUCAAUUGGACCAGCUGUUAUUAUUCCACCAUCAUCAUUAGUUGACAGAGUUUAUCGUUUAUAUGAAGAACGUGUACAUGAUGUUCGUUGUCUUAUACCGGUCAUAGUUGGUCUAUCUAAACAACAAGUAAUCAGUGCAUUGCCAAAAUUAGUACAAUUAAAUGAAAAAGUUGUCAAAGAAGUAUUAACUCGAUUAUUACAUGCCAGUGUAGCUACUCAGUAUGCUCCUCAAAUUAAAGGUGUCAAAAAUGUUCCAUCUAAUUUACAUGAUCAACCAUCUCCUCUUGGUCCUUUAAAACCUGAAGAAUUAUUAGUUGCUAUUCAUUUGUUGGAAUUCGCCAAAGAUCCAUCAGCACCACCAUCAAAUGACGGCAAAUCGACAAAACCUUAUGUAAAUCUUCAAUCUAUACUUCAUGCAUGUCGUGUUUGUUUUGCUGAACGUCGAUUGUUUACACAAGAACGUUUGUCGGUUGCAAUUGGUCAACUUUUAGAACAACCUAUACUACCUACUUUAUUUAUGCGUACUGUUAUGCAAGCAUUAGCUUUACAUCCUCGUUUGGCUGGUUAUGUAAUCAAUGUGUUGGUUCGAUUAAUUCGUAAACAGGUAUGGAAAAGUGAAAAACUAUGGGAUGGAUUUAUUCGUUGUUGUGCAAAAACUAGACCACAAAGUUAUCAAGUUCUAUUGCAAUUACCACCGGAUAAAUUAGAAGCUGUAUUUCAAUGGGAACCAACUAUGCGUGGUCAAGUAAGACGUUAUGUUGAGAAUUUCUCUUCAGCUCAACGUAUUCAUAUAUCUAAAGCUAUUGUUGAAGUUUUAGAACAUAUUCCUACUCCUCCUCGUGUACCAACACCGGAAAUUCAUCCUGUUGAUAAAACUAAUGAUGAUUUACCACCGGUACAAGAACAAGGUAAUGCUCCAUUAUCAACAAAUAAUAGUCCUGCAUCAUCUGGUCCUGGUACACCAACACGUGAUGAAAUACCACAUUUUGAUACACCAUUUAUGGCAGCUGCAAUGUUUGCUCAACAACAACAACAACAACAACCAACUUCUAAUCUAAUGACAUCAUCUCGAGGUGAAUCAACAACUCCAGCUGUAAUUGAUAAUCAAUUUCCGAUUCAUUCAUUUACAUCACAUUCUAUACAACCGAUCGGGUCGUUUAAUUCGAUUUCAAGUCAUUCAAAUCUUCAUUCAUCAUUACUCCAACCUACUCCUCCUUCUACCACGAUAUUACCAUCAUUGGUUCAACAACAACAACAACAACAACAACAACAAAAUGUAUCGACAUUAUCAUCUUCGAUUGAAACUAAUCCUGAUCCUCCAUCCGGUGAUCCUGAUAUGGAUCCAACUAUGGAAGAUUUGUUUGAUGCUGAUUGUCAACAACAACAACAACAGCAGCAACAACAUUCACAUGCACAUUUGUUAGAUGAAUAUGAUGUAUUGAAUCAUUCACCUCCACAAAUCACUAUGGAUGUAUCACAUCAAUUAAGCAAACAUUUUAAAUCGAAAUCAUCUAUAGUAUUACAAGAGAUUGAAAAUGAUCCAUUAGAUUUUGAAGAGAAUUCUGAUCCAAUUACUGAACGUGGCCCAACUUAUUCAUCAUCAUCAGCAUCAUCUUCACAAUUCCGUCAAUCUGGCGGUGAUCAUGACAAUGACAAUUCAGUUUUCUAUAAUAAUAAUAAUGAUAAUAAUGAUGAUGAUGAUAGUGAACCACCAAUACUUCCUGCUUCUCGUAUUGACUCUGUGACGACUAGUUUGAAACGUCGGCAUGACAAUGAAUUCAAUGAAGAUAAACUGACAUUUGAAAGCAUGGAUAAUAGACAAUUCAAUAACAUGCCUAUUGAUGAAGGAAAUCAAGAGAUUUCAAAGUCUUCUUCAGCUACAACUACGACUAUGACUACUACCACUACUACUACUACUAGUAGUAGUACUAGUAGUAGUAGUAGCAGUAGCAGUCGACCGAAACAUCCAGUUAAUGUAAACAAAUUGGAAGCAGAUAGGAAACGUUUAGAAGAGGAAGCUAUUAAAUAUAGACAAUUAAAAGCUGAACGAAAACAUCAUUUACAACAACGUAAAGAACAACAAUCGUCGAAUGAUUCAACGAGCAUUGAAUAACAUUCUUUAUUAUUUCUAUCUGUUUUUUUAAAAAAAAUAUUUAUUGUACAAUCUUGUACAAUCUAUGCAGUGCAUAUUACUAUGCCAUUCAUUGUAUUUAGACUGUAUUCAUUGUAUGCGUGUGCAUGUGUGUGUGUGUGUGUGAAUAUGUGUAAAAUUCAUUUUUGUGUUUGUUUACAAAUGAAACAAGCUGACUUGUUUACUGGGAGAAAAAAUAACAAACAAUUACUCAGUAAUGUAUACACAAUUUCAGGAUUGUACAUUCAUGUAGACACUUUAACAACUGACUAAUACAAUGUUUGUUUUGUAUAGAAUGCGCUUUUCUCAAUUCCCCUUUCUCUCUCUCUCUCUGCCUGUCUGUCUGUCUCUCUUUCCCUCUUCAUAAUAAUGCGGUUUCACCGCCGUUUUGUACAGAUUUAUUAAAAAAGUAUUUUAUUGUUUAUCAGUGAAAAAAAGAA